AUGUUAUCGGGACUGUCCGGGGCCAGCCCGGGCCUGGCGAUUCGAGCCAGACGACCACACUGUUUCUGGCCCAAUCUCUUUGCUCGAAGUACCAAGUUGGCCCAACUAUUCUCGGAAGAAGCCUCCCGCCUCGACCGGGACCUCUCCUCCUCCCUAGCCUCCUACUUCGCAGUUGCGGCCACAACUACAACAUCCAUCGUCGAGACACCGCUCCAGGCCACCACACAGAGCUCCGGUUUUCUCGCGCGCGUGCAUGUCGGAACAAACGACGACCAACCCGACAUGUAUAUCAUAGUCGACACGGGCUCUAGCCUGCUGUGGGUCCACUGCAACCCAGACAACCCCAACGCUCCUGAGCCCGCCUUCCACCCGAAGCGCUCCCCCACAUUCCGCAAGGAGAUGUGCAACGAACCCACCAGCGCCUGCUUUCCUCGUCCCGUCUGGUUCACGUGCGAAGACUGGGGCUGCAUGUUCAAGAUCGCCUAUGCCAAGGGAGAGUGCAGUGGUUACCUUGGCCGUGAUACAUUCGAGUUCGAACCCCUCCAUGACGAAGACAACAACAACGAGGUGGAGGCCGAGAGGUUCGUUCUCCAGAACAUCACCUUCGGCUGCACCACUCAUUCGAAGGCCCCAAGAGUGAAUGGCGUCCUAGGACUCAACGUGAAUCGGGUCUCUCUCAUCUCCCAUACGGGGUCCUCGCGCUUUGCCUACAAGCAUAGGCAACAUAAGCGACCCCACGUACCCUUACAACAUACUGGUUUUAUACGAUGGGGAUGA